AUGGUGCACGCGGGGACUGGCGAGGAAAGGGGAGCUUCGGGGGAGCGGGCGGAGCGGAAAGUUGCGCCGUUCGGGGCGUGGGAGUCCCCCAUCGGCGCGGAUAUGGCGAGCGGCGCGAGCCUGCGCUUCGGGGGGGCGGCGGUGGAUAGCGCGGGGCGCCUGGUGUGGGCGGAAGGCAGACCCACAGAGAAGGGUCGGGUGGUGGUGGUGAGGGAGGGGACACGUGGCGCAACCCCACUGGACGUCUCACCUCCCUCCAUGAGCGUGCGAUCCCGCGUGCACGAGUACGGGGGAGGGGCCUUUCUGGUCGCCCCAUCCCCUCCUCCUGCCACGUCAGCUCCCACGUCAGAUGCCACGUCAGAAGCUGGAAGUGUGCCGAACGAUUUGCUGAUCUUCUGCAAUGGAGCCGAUCAACGGCUGUACUCGCUCGAGAUGCCAUCCGACGGCUUACAUUCUACCGAAGCACUCCAGCCACGUCCGCUGACCCCUGUCGUGGAGCCACCUAGCGCGCUGCGAUUCGCUGACGCCCGGUUGGACGCACACCGGAGGCGAGUGAUAUGCGUGCAGGAGGACCAUCGCCAGAUCAACGGUGGCGGGGGCAGUGGAACAGAGGAGCACAGGGGCCAUGGCGAGCCGAGUAACAUGAUUGUGGCAGUUUCUCUGGACAACGAUGGGACUGAAGUCCCCGUGGUGCUGGCAUCUGGAGCAGACUUCUACGCAUCCCCACGCCUGAGUCCGGAUGGCACCCAGCUGGCAUGGAUGGAGUGGGACCACCCGCACAUGCCAUGGGAGAGGAGUCGGGUGAUGGUGGGGGCAUUCGAUGACGAUGGUCUCCUCACUGCCGUGCAGUGUGCAGCAGGAGCGGAUGCUGCCGUGGCUGAAGCACCCAUGGAACCCCUUUGGUCGCCACAAGGCGAUCUCUAUUUCCUCUCGGAUCGACACUCUGGCUUCUGGGCUCUGCACCAAUGGAACCCCGCAUCAGGCACAGCAGAAGCAGUGGCAGGCAUGCCGAAGCAAGGUGGUGAAGACCUGAUGGUGGAGGUUGGGGGACCGCUGUGGGUGUUUGGGAAUGCAAGCUACGCGUUUAUCCCUGGCAGCUCGCACCACGUCGCAGUCAUCUGCCAAGUGAAGGGGCAGUCUCAGCUGGGAGUCAUCGACACUCACACUCGCUCCUUCACACUCACUCCUCCCACUUACCCUCCUCUCACUCAGAUGUCGCACCUGGUGGCCGGCAAGGAUCGUCUUUUUCUGUGUGCUGGCGGCCCCUCCACCCCUCUCUCGUUCUUUGAGCUAAAACCCUCCCCAGAUAUGACCUCUCUACAGGUCAUCCACCCGCCCAUCCGUCCAUCAACAACCAUCGACACCACAUCCCUCUCCCCCUUCCUCUCCUCACCUCAAUGGAUCGAAUUCCCCACCACCACCCCACCAGCCCAAGCAACCUCACCAGCCGAUGCACCUCACACCACACCACACUCCUCUGCACCCAACCGUACGGCCCAUGCGCUCUUCUACCCACCUGCCAGCGGCACCUAUCAAGGGCCGGAGGGGGCGCUGCCCCCUCUGCUGGUGAAGUGCCACGGCGGCCCCACGGGGUGCCUUGAUUCCGCCCUGCGCCUGCCGCUGCAGUUCUGGACUUCCAGAGGCUUUGCUGUCGUUGAUGUCAAUUAUGGUGGUAGUACUGGGUAUGGCCGGGAGUACAGGGAGCGGCUGCAUGGGCAGUGGGGAGUGGUGGACGUUGACGAUGCAUGCUGCUGCGUCGAUUACCUGGUGCGUGCAGGGCUGGUGGAUGGCAGCAGGGUGGCCAUAGAUGGCUCAUCAGCAGGGGGCUUCACCACCCUCUCUGCUCUCACGUUCCGUUCCACCUUCAAGGCUGGAUGCUCCCUGUACGGGAUCGGGGAUCUCGAGGCUCUGGCUCAAAUGAUGCACAAGUUUGAAAUGCACUACACUGAUACACUUGUUGCGCCAUACAACACUCCUGAGGGAAAGCAGCUGUACAAGGAUCGUUCCCCGAUCAACCAUGUGGACAAGCUCGCAUGCCCCUUGCUGCUGCUGCAGGGACUUAAAGACCAGGUGGUGAGUCCCGACCAGGCCCGUGCCAUGCACGCAGCAGUGAAGGCAAAGGGGCUGCCGGUGGCUAUCGUUGAGUUUCCAGAUGAAGACCACGGCUUCAGAAAUGCGGACAACAUCAAGGCAGCACUGGAGAUGGAGCACGAGUUCUUCUGCCGUGUCUUGCUCAAUCUGCCUCUUCCAUCUGACAAGAAGCGGCUGACCAUUGACAAUGUUGAUGAAGACGCGUAA